CUUACGCACCGGAUUUGACCGGAAGUUUCACAUGUGUUUGACAACAAUGAAAAUUACUUCUUAUUUUGAAAUUUAUUCGAAUUUUAACUGCAAUUAAAGGCAUUGACUUACCUCUGCAACAUGGCAGAGAAACGGGAACGAAGUGAAGAAAUGGAGAACUUGCAGUCUCGGCCUGACAGCGCUGAGAAACACGCUAGGAUUGAAGAGAAAUCAUCCGAGAUUGAUGCCACCAGUGAGGAAAAAACGGUGGCAACCUCGGGUAAACGGUGUAAUACAGGAGCCGAGGGUGAUCAUAUUGGAUAUCAGGAAAAUGCAAAUGACAAAUAUGAAUAUCUUGACCACACAGCAGAUGUCCAGUUGCAUGCAUGGGGCGAAAGCUUAAAAGAAGCAUUUGAACAGGUAGUUGUAUCAAUGUUUAACUAUAUGACAACAGAUUUCUCAACAGUGGAGAUGUUAGGAGAACAGGAAGUAGAAGCGGAAGGUGAAGAUUUAGAGUCUCUGCUGUUCCACUUCAUGGAUGAGUGGUUAUUUGUUUUUUCAGCCGAGCCAUUUUUUAUUGCAAAGAAAGUAGUCAUUACAGAAUUUGAUAAAGAAAAUUUCAAAAUAAAAUCAAUAGGUUACGGUGAAGAGUUUGACAUUCAGAAACAUCCGCAAGGUACAGAAGUGAAGGCAAUCACCUAUUCAAACAUGCAGAUAUAUGAUGACGAAGACAGACAUGAAGUAUUUGUGAUCAUUGAUAUAUGAUAGUGUACAAUAGUUAACUUUCUACAGUAGGUUGAAAGGAGUGAGUUAUAGCAAAAAGUUUUAUGGAAGUGAAUUAUCAUCUCAUUGUGAAAAUCAUUUUAUGGCAUGAUGAAAGUGAAUUACCAGUAUGGGGAAACACUGGUGUAAUUUUUAUAACAAAAUGGGUUAUAGUGAAAAUCAAGAAUAUUUGUUACAACUUGGAAAAAAUUGCUGUGAAAAUCAAGUAUAUUCGUUACAAGGUUAGAAUAACAUGCCAAUUAUUGUGAAGUCGUUAACCAAGCAGAUUUGUUUUAACAUAUAAGAAACAAAUCGUCAUUAAAACAUGUUUGUCACAACAAAGUUAAAUGAAAGUCUAAUCUUAAUUAUCUGCUACUGUUGCUGUGACAACAGUCACAGCUUAACCAUCUGUAUUCCUUAACCAAAACAAUGUGGACUGGACUGGAAAUAGUAUGGUAUAUAGGACUUACUGGACUUACAGAGUUGGGAGGUGUAUUGGACUGAUACUGAUGUUUUUACUAAGAUCUGUGAUGAAGAAAGUUAAACGAAUUUUUGAAGUUGAAUAGUGUUUGCUCAGGUUGAUUGAUUCCAUACAUUUGUUUGCCAAUUUGUCUUUUUACCAAACUUUUAUAGUAUAUACAAGUUUGAAGCUAA